CGUAACGUAGGUAAUGCGAUCUCGCUACCCUUUUGUAACUUGAAAUUUUCUCCGAUUCUCUAUUCGAAAUCAUUGCUCGAAGCAUUUGCAUAUAGGCUUUAACCCUCGAACGAUGAAACUGGGUCAAUAGAAGGCCAAAUCUGCGAAAUAUACAACGGUGAUUCGAGCAAAACUUUCGUGCAGGGGAGAGAUGAAAUUUAAAGGAGUGCUUUAAAAUUUGGAUAAUAAAAUUGAAGAUCGAGGAACGAAAGGGGAGGAAAUCUUCGGUAAAAGUUUCACGUUCCUCGACGUCGUUGAUAUUCAUCGUCCGCCACGUCCAUCGCGACGCUGGGAACAGAAAGUACCGGAAGCGACUUUGCAGACGCGCACAAUCCACGGAAGUAGCGACGCAACACACUUCCGUCUUUGUGCUCGAGCGACGAGUAGCUGGCUUACCGAGCAACAUUUUUUCCGCCGUCGUGGCGAAUUUCGUCUGAUGGCAGGCUCGAAUAGCCGGAAGGGCCGUGCACCGCGAGUGCUCUUCCGGCCUGUUGUAAUUAAUACGACCCCAUCGAUCUCGGGGCCGUGGCUUUAUCCUCGGCCCGACCACUUUCUUUCCGUCGCGUCGUUUCGCGUGGUCCGCGAAUUUCCCUCUUUUAUCGCCGCCAACCAGCUGGGUGCAAGCGUUCGAAAGCCGAGCAUAGGGUCAAUGGGCCGAGGUUCGAAAGGCUGGAAAUGUAGGCCAACGUAGACACGAUUGUAGCAGAUACCCAACGUGUGUACCUAAUUUAUACAUUAAUUCCGAGAGCAAUCGAGAGGAUGGCGAAGUGCAAUCAGCUUCUGCUUGAGAAAUUACCACCCCUGCCGACCACCAGAUCUUUUAUUACACAAAUUUAUUCACCUUGAGAAUAUGCGAGAAUAUAGAAUAGUCAGCACGAGUACACCGGAAGGCAAGAGGAAAUAAUCCUAGCCCAAAGGGACGUAGGAAAAACACUAAAAUCUCUGCGAAGUCGAUAAGGAAAGAAAAGAGUAAGAAAAAAGGCAAUCUAAGCAAUCCUGUGCCAUAACGCCGCCACCCAUUUGGCAGUAGAUGGCUUCCGCAUCCUUCCUUCAGUUCCUAAUCUAUGUUUCCUUCUUUUUCUCUUUGAUUUUGCGACCAUCUGUCGUGUGAAAAUUUUGUCGCGUAAUCGAUAGGAAAUUCGCGCGAGCGCGAGCUACCUGUUCGAGGAGGGAAGCAUUCAUCGCGGACAAAGAGGCUCGAGUACUCUUCGCGCCUUCCUCUUCGCCUAGCUCUAGUCUAGCAGGCUUCAAAGUAUCAUCUUGAAAGCCGAUCGUGCUACUCCGAAGCUGGCUGGGGCUCGUUCAGCCUCGGUUCUCAUUAAAAAUUCACGCGAACCAAGCACCGCGAGAACUUUAAUCAAUUAGCAACCGCUUAAGCGUUCCGCUCCGUUCCUUCGGGCUGUAGACAUAAGCCUAGAGAAUAAGUAAGAAACACGGAAGUCUACUUGGAACUCUAUUGUGUGCAACGCUUCGAAAUUCUCAUUGUAAAGAGAUUUCUUCUUUCUUUUUAAAUAUGAUUCGUUUUUGAAGUUCCUCGGUAAUAUAAUACUCUGAAUUUUUGUUAAUUCGAGAUAAGUUUAGUUCUGUACUGCUAAUAAAAUUUCCUCUCAAAUUAUAUUAGUUCGGUAUCGAUUUCGUUGUAAUAUCGAAAUGGUCCUCGAAAGAUAAAAUAAAGCUUUCUAGAAAGCAAUAUUCUUAAUUGAAACAGGGUAGUAUGCGUUUGUUAUAUUGCAUAUAGUAUUUAAUGAUGUCAACAGUUCACGAAAAAAGUUAUCUAAUUAGAUAUAAAUGUAUGUCUGAUGCAUUCGAGGAUGUACUACUUAUUUUAGCACAAAUAGAAGACAUACCGAGUUAAUAUUAAGUGUCUGACCCUAUUCCACCCUCAUAUUACCUGCCUUCACUAUCUACCACCCUUGCGUUACUUUAUUUGACUUCUAUACUACUUGCCUGACUAUCUGGUAGCAGUACACCACGCGUCUGACUGCUCCCCAGCUAUAUGUAUAAUUGCUUGAUUACACACUACUUCUGUACUACAUAUUUGUCUGAUCAUGUAUCCAUAUGUAUUAGUAAAUUGAAUUCUAAUUUCAAUCUUUUGUUUUUCUGUUCAAUCCGAUUCGCUUCUCCUCACUUUGAACCCUGCUACACCACCACGUUCCUUCUCACUUUCUUCAUUCUUCGCGAUCCUACUCCCCUCUGCAACACCCUUUCACCCCUUCAUUCGUUCACACUAUCACCCUCUAGUUUCAUUCUCACUGUAACACCCCUCUGUCCCCUCUCUUUUCAACUCCUCCCACGUUUCCACCACUCUCUUAUACUCCGAACGCUUUCUCCCACUCUAUCUAACCCUUCUAUCAGCCCGACCGCUGCCCCUCUCUUUCAACGCUACCCCCGUCGAGGGUGGAAGAGCGCCGGUCCGAAAGCCUCGGCGGAGUCAAGCUCCGACACGGUUCAGACGAGUUCAGUCGUGCCACUCGGGCGUGGUGUUCACGUGCGACCUCAAGCUCGACACGUACGUUUCGUCAACGAAAGGAAGGACACACGUUCACAGAGGGGAGAGGAAGAGGAAUAGAGUGGAUCGCACGCGUUUCAUGUUCCGGUUCGGAGAGUUCUGCUACGAUCGCAAGAAUGUCUAACGACCCACACGACGGUAUGCGGCUGCGGGGUGUCUUAGACGAAGAUGUCGUUGUCCAAGAGAAAGAUAACGUUCACCAUGCCAAAGUCGAAGGGCGGCAGCAAGUCGGACGGGCCGGCCAAGAAACAGCAAGACGAGGCUCGCUCCAAGAGCAGAAGUUCCGAAACAGGAAGCAGCAGCUCGGUCGCCGAACAAGCGAGGCCGGCGAUCAAAAGCAGCAAACGAGAGAAACGAUCGAAUCACUCGAGGAGAACCAGAAGCGCCGACAGAGCGGAGUCGCAUUAUACUUAUAGUGUUAUGAUUUAUAUUGUAUUUGUAGAUUCUGGUUCGAGCAUACUCGGUGGUGAUCGUGAAAAUGCUAUACCGGAGGCGUUGUACGCCACUAUUCCAGACACGCCGAACGCGAGGGCCAACGAAACCGGAAAUAGUCAAUUAAACGCGCAAAGUAGAUCGCAACCCGUUUACGCCAUUCCUUCUAUGGUAUCACCGCCGCCCACCUACGAUGUUGCGAUCUCGAAAACGUGGCAGUCCGGUUUGCCACCGACCUACGAAGAGUAUCUGUGCCACAAAUACGCCAUGAUAUCACGAUCUCACACACCACCCCCGCCGUGGUCGGAUUCCACGACAACGACGACGACACCUUCGGCGCCGAGCGGUCAAACGCGUCGCGACCUACUCGCCAGUCAACCCGAGCUCAGAGAGUAUCUGGCGCAGUUGUCGUUGUCUCAGAACAACGAGAGAUCCGCCAGCGGUCAGUAUCAUCAUCAUUAUCAUCAGGGACAGGUUCUCAGAGACAGCAGCAGCAUCUCGAACCAGCAAGCAUCGAGGGAGCAAGUUAGAACGCUGCAACGUCCACGUGCCAUGCCUCCGAGAUCUCAGAGCGAAAGUCGCGUGCAACAACAAAGAAUCUGGACGAUGUACGAGGAUGUGGGUUUCUGCAUGGAACAGACGACCGCUUUGCAGUCGGUAUUAGAAAACGGUAUCACCUUGUGCAGCUUGAUGUAAGAUCGUCAAACGAAUCGAAGGAAGGAUUCUUUGAGCAGAUAACGGAGAUGGUAUUUUUUCCAAUCUCUCUUUUCGCGACAGUUCCGAGAGAA